AAGGGAAUCUCAGCCCGCCACCGCUCAGUCUCUCUUUCUCUCUCCUCGGUGCCAUCUGGCAGCUUCUUCUCCAAAUCCCCCAAACCCAAAUUCUCCACGAUCGAACAACCCCGCUCCCAAGAAUCCCAAGGAGCAAGCGAAAAUCGGGACAACAUGAGCUACUUGAAGAACUCGCGCUCCGCCCUUUCCCGGCUCCUCCUCCGCUACAGGCCCGACGGCCGGCCACCGGCGGCGCCGCCGUCGCGGGAAACGGCCGCUCGGCACUACUACGCCUCUCCGCGGCGCCCGGAGGCUAUCAUCCUCCACCGCGAGCCCGCCGCCUGUCUUCGCCCACCGCCGGCGCAUCCCCGGUGCUACUACUUCACCUCGUCGCGGCGCCCGGAUCCGGAGGUCAUCCACUUCGCCCGCCGCAGCCGCCGCGGGGCCAGGUGGUACCACGACCGGCGGAAGGUCACCGCGGCGGUUGUCGUCUCCUGCGGCGCGGCCGUCGCCGUCUACUUCGGCAACCUCGAGACCGUGCCCUACACCAACCGCACCCACUUCGUGCUCGUCUCGCCGCAGCUCGAGCGGCAGCUCGGCGAGUCCCAGUUCGCGGAUCUCAAGAAGGAGCUCGCCCCCAAGAUCCUGCCCCCGCUCCACCCGGACAGCGUCCGCGUCCGCCUCAUCGCCACGGAGAUCGUCCGCGCUCUCCAGCGCGGCCUCUCUGACCGCCGCAGCGAGGGCUUCGAUGACGCCUCUUACGGCGACAUCUCCUCCGACCUAGCCAUCAGGGGCCGCGACAUGGAUGCUGAAGACGUGAUGCCGCCCCGCGUCUCCGCUCCCCAGGACGCCAGCGCGGCUCGGCGGGACGACGAGCUUCUGGAUGACAGGUGGGUCAGUGAGAGCCGGAAACGGGGGAAGGAACGGGGAGCCAAGGCACAGACAAGGCAUCUCAAUGAGCUCAAUUGGGAGGUGAUUGUUGUCAACGACAAGAUCGUCAAUGCAAUGUGCUUGCCCGGUGGUAAGAUUGUUGUCUUCACUGGAUUGCUAGACAAUUUCAAGUCGGAUGCUGAGAUUGCCACAGUGCUUUCGCAUGAGAUUGGGCAUGCUAUCGCAAGGCACUUGCCAGAGAUGAUCACCAAGAACAUGUGGUUUACUAUCCUGCAGAUUAUCAUCCUACAGUUUAUUUACAUGCCAGACCUAAUUAAUGCAAUGUCGGCGUUACUCCUAAGAUUGCCCUUCUCACGAAGGAUGGAGAUAGAGGCAGACCACAUCGGACUGAUGCUUCUAGCUUCUGCUGGUUUCGAUCCACGAGUGGCCCCUAUGGUCUACGAGAAGCUCGGGAAAAUCUCAGGGAAUUCAUCCACAUUGAAAAGCUACCUCUCCACUCACCCUUCGAGUAAGAAACGAGCGGAGCUCUUGUCUCAGGCCAAGGUCAUGCAGGAGGCGAUGCAACUGUACAAAGAAGCUCGUGCGGGCCACGGCACCGAAGGUUUCCUCUAGUAGUUUCUAGUUUCAAACUCCCAUACAGGAUAGCUAGCCUGUAAGAGGAUCGUGUCCUGUAUGUGUAAGAUGUAUGUUCUGUGCCUUUGUUAUUGUCGGUUCUUGUGAGGCUGAAGCAGCCGCAUCUCUGAGAGUCGAGUCAGGGUAGGGUUAGCUGCUUCAUAUGUGAUUAGGGGUUUCGGGAAGAAAAAAAAUAUAGAUGAUCCAUUUCUGUCAAUAAAAUUUGCCCGGGAGCAGCUUUCAAUCCCAAAUUUCUUUGGUUUGGCUGU